GGAGGCAGGCCCAUGGGCGGGGCUCGCCGUAAGAUGGCGGGGUGAAAGGAGAAGAUGGCGCUGUGGGGGUCAGAGUUGUUCUCUCAGUUCUGGGACCUGGUCGCGUCUCUGGGCUCGGAAUUCACUGAAGAGUGGGACAGGAAUGACCUGAGAUCCGCCAUCUUCCGCCUACUGUUGGCCUGGCUGCUCCUCAGUCUUACCGCUAUCCACCUGGCCUGGAGGAGCUACGGGCCCACCGUGACCGCCUUCUACUACCGGCAGGGUCCGGGUGGACAGAAUGGCGGCACUCCGGAAUACCCCUCCCACUUCCCCAUCUGGGAAAGUUCCAGCGCAGAAUCCCUGAAGAGCCACCAGGAGUAACCCCCGGCAACGGAGGAUAUGACUGA